UAUUCAAAGAACAAGAAUGAAAAUUGCAGAUUAUUCAAUGCAAUGCGUUGCCCACUCUUGUACUGAUGCUUGGAUCAGAGGAUCCUACAAUACAUUAUGAGGCGGUUGGUGUGAUUGGAAAUCUGGUCCAUUCUUCGCCGGAAAUUAAGAAAGAGGUUCUUCUAGCCAGGGCUUUACAGCCAGUUAUUUGCUUACUAAGUUCCUGUUGUUUGGAGAGCCAACGAGAAGCAGCUCUUUUAAUCGGUCAAUUUGCUACAACGGAUUCAGAUUGCAAGAUUCACAUUGGCCAAAGAGGGGCGAUAAAACCCUUAAUUGACAUGCUUGAGUCUUCAGAUUUACAGCUUAGGGAAAUGUCAACUUUUGCACUUGGGAGGUUGGCCCGGGACUCGCACAAUCAAGCUGGUAUCGCCUACAAUGGAGGUAUAGAGCCUCUGCUCAAGCUUCUUGGCACAAAGAAUACUUCUGUCCAACACAAUGCAUCUUUUGCUCUUUAUGCUCUUGCGGAUAAUGAGGUGAAGUUGGUUUCCUUGUUCUUUACUUGGUCAACAUUGUAUGCGAAACGGAGAUAUUUCAAUGUUCUAAAUAAGAUGAAUAUAUAUUUGUUUGUAAAUUUGUGUAAUUUUAAUGGAAAUGAUGUGAAAAGACUAUAA